AUGAAACUUGGCCCACUUCUGAAGGCCUUGCGUCCGAGAAAAAAAUGGCACGUCAGCGAAAGAAUGCGCCAGCUGAAGUGCCCAUAUGAAGAUUUUGACAUGGCCACAAUGGACAGUGAAGGAUAUAUGUACGUUCAUCCACACUUCACAAGGUAUCCAAACAUCACCGAUGAUGUUAAAUGCAAGGUAGUGUUUAUUGAAGGAGGACUACGAAACAAUGUGACGAAUGAAGGAUCCACGAAAAUUAUUGAAGUAGCCACAGUUGAGGCCCCAGAAAACACCCGAUUCUAUGCAAACGCUGAUGCAUUCUACAUUCGUUGUCAUCAAAAAAACAAACAAAUAUUCGAGAAGGUUUUUGCUGGAAUGAGAGAUUUCAAUAAACAGAAGAAUAAGGUCAGAAGGCUGAACGUUAUUUAUAUUUCGGAAGAUACAGAGUCGUUUGACCAUUUUGGAGGAAAACGAAAAAAGCCUCCAAUAAUCGACAAACCGAAGCGUUUUUCUAUUGACAUCCUGGCUUUUGAUUCAACUUCAAGAACAAUGUUUAUGAGACAUAUGCCUCGGACAGUGGAUCUGAUGGAUAAACUUGGUUACGAGAUACUCUACGGAUACAACAAGGUUGGAGACAAUUCAAUGGUGAACCUUCUGCCAAUACUCGUCGGUGAUAUUCCAGAAGCUCUUGCAGAGCCAGUGAAGGAUUCUAGCGGUGAUGUCAAUACACAAUGGAUCUUGCCAACAAAGAAAAAGUUGGACCCAUCACAACUACCGUUUCUAUGGAAAAUAAUGCAAGAAAAAUUCGGUUGUCGAACGAUGUUCAACGACGAUAUUGCCGAUGUAUCUCGUGGGCUCUUUCACUAUCCUGGCAAUGAGUUCAAGCCAGGUUUCACUUCGCAACCAGCAGAUCAUUACUAUAGAGCCUACUAUAUUGCUAUAUUUAAGAAAUGGGUCUAUACAGUUUGCAAAGACGGUGAUCAGAUCCAACGGGAGUUCGUUGACUUAUGGCGACGAUUCGCUCACCGAUACAAGAAGAUAUGUCAUUUCGGAUUCACUUUCAUAACCAGUCUCACACAUGAAGCGGGCCUUACUUUGGAAACCUUGGAUGAAUAUCUCAGAUCGAGUCUUGAGAACCUUCAACUCUCAGGUACUCUCGACAAUACGGUCAGCAUAAUAAUGGGAGAUCAUGGUAAUCGGAUUGGUGCCGUAAAGUAUUCGUAUACCGGAACAAUAGAGGAGCGAAUGCCACUCAUGGCUAUUAAAUUACCAACAGAUUUCAAGAAAUUGUACCCGAAUGAAUAUGCCAACUUCUUGGAGAAUAAAUGGAAACUUACAAGCAAUUUUGACAUUCAUCAAACUUUACGAGAUGUAGUGUUAAUGAGAUUCGGUACGGAAAGAACAAGAGGAACGGCGUCUACUGGUAGAGGAAUCAGCCUAUUCGACAAAGUACCGUCCACGAGGUCAGGAGUCACAAUCGUUGGAGAUGUCAAAGUACUGGGAAUCAAUCCUUUGGUCAGACAUGGACUCCGUACGAAAGAGAAUCUGACCAUAGUAGAGGAAAUCAAGAGGAAGGAUCCUAAAAUGGAUGUGAGUUCGUACACUGUAUAA